AUGAGUCGCUUUUAUCAGCAAUAUGUCGAUCCAGAAAUAAAAGGACAAGGUCCAUUUGAUCCUGUUACAAAAGCUUAUGCUCAUGCUUUAGCUCGAAUUCAUUAUAUGAAUCUUGGUCAACAUCCAGAAUGGUUACGAUCAGCAACCGAAAAUUUUGAAGAUUCCUUAUGGCUACGAGCAUGGCGCAAAGAAUGGCAUCAAAAUUUGACCAUACCAAAAUUUGCUCAUGAAUAUGGUUGUUAUACAGAUCGCUUAGACGAAUUAUUGUCACGUUUGAUAGCUUUUCUUCGUGAACGUACCAUUGAAGAUACAUCAUUAACAUUAAUUCAUACAGAUCUUAAUCCAGACCGUAUUCGAAGUAUUGAUGGAUGUCCGAUAUUUAUUCAUUGGGAGCAAGCAGCAUAUGGUUGUUUUUAUUUGGAUUUACCAAAUUAUUUUUCUGUUGAAACAGCUCUUUGUUAUCGAGAUGCACUCGCUGAACUCGGUUUGAAUAUUCCUCCAGCUUUAUUUAUGGAGCGAUUUCGUGAAGUAAGUCGAUAUAUGGGCUUAUGA